UCAGCACGAAGGGCGGAUGCUGCUGGGAGUUUGGAGCUCGACAGAGAGGGAGCGGGUCCGCUGGGGAAGCUGUAGAUCAUCGGCUGGGCUCUUCUCUGCUGGUCUCUCACUGUCUUCGCAGUUUGGCCGUGUCAACUCCGGGAAGUGUCCGCUCGGCUCCCAUGCCGGUGUGGAUUUAAGUCAACCUGAAAUAUGAACAGAAGAAGAAAAUAAGGAGAGGAGACUGAUUUCCUGUGGGAAUCUACUCAGCCUUUUUUUUUUUUUUAACCCGAGGACAUGUCUACUCUAUGGAGCAAAACAGUGAGGAGCUAGCUGGUCGACACCCCGGCUAGCGCAACAUUUUCAGCCUUUUCAGAUGAUUGUCCAGCUGAGGAGUUAAUUUAUUUUGGACCUACUUGGAGUAAAAUUUAAAAAAAAAAGAAGUCAGCAUGGGUGAGCCCAGCCUGGAUGACUCCAAUGUCAAGGUGGCUGUGCGGGUCCGGCCCAUGAACAGGAGAGAAAAGGAGCUAAACACAAAAUGUGUUGUGGAAAUGGCGAAGAACCAGACAAUCCUCCAUCCUGCUGGAGCCAACUUGGGAAAAGCAGACUCUCGAAAUCAGUCCAAGGUUUUUGCCUAUGACUAUUGCUUCUGGUCCAUGGAUGAAACGGAUAAGGAAAAAUUUGCAGGUCAGGAGGUGGUUUUCCAGUGCCUUGGGGAAAGUCUUCUCCACAAUGCCUUCCAGGGCUACAACGCCUGUAUAUUUGCCUAUGGACAAACUGGGUCAGGGAAGUCGUACACCAUGAUGGGCUCAGGUGACCAGCCCGGGCUGAUUCCUCGCCUCUGCAGCGCUUUGUUUGAGCGAACCAAGGAGGAGCAGCGGGAGGAGGAGAGCUUUACCGUAGAGGUGUCCUACAUGGAGAUCUACAACGAGAAGGUCCGAGAUCUGCUCGACCCGAAGGGGGGCCGACAGGCGCUGAGGGUGAGGGAGCACAAAGUUUUGGGUCCCUACGUCGAUGGCCUGUCACGCCUAGCCGUAGCUAGCUACAAGGACAUUGAGUCUCUGAUGUCAGAGGGGAAUAAAUCUCGGACGGUCGCUGCCACAAACAUGAACGAGGAGAGCAGUCGAUCGCACGCCGUCUUCAACAUCAUCCUCACACACACACUCAAGGACCUGCGGUCUGGGACGAGUGGGGAGAAGGUGAGUCGUUUAAGUCUGGUUGACCUGGCUGGAAGUGAACGUGCAGCAAAAACUGGAGCAGCAGGAGAGCGACUGAAGGAGGGAAGCAACAUCAACAAGUCCCUUACUACACUUGGUCUGGUCAUUUCUGCGCUAGCUGAACAGGGAACGGCGAAGAACAAGACCAAGUUUGUUCCCUACAGAGACUCGGUUCUGACUUGGCUGCUGAAGGACUGCCUGGGGGGCAACAGUCGCACAGCCAUGGUGGCAACGGUGAGCCCGGCGGCGGACAACUACGAGGAAACCCUGUCGACGCUGCGCUACGCCGACCGAGCGAAGAACAUUGUUAACCAUGCCGUCGUCAACGAAGACCCCAACGCACGCAUCAUCAGGGAACUGAGGGAAGAAGUGGAGAAACUGCGAGUGCAGCUCACUCAGGCCGAGUCGAUGAAAGCUCCGGAGCUGAAAGAGCGCCUGGAAGAGUCCGAGAAGUUGAUCCAAGAGAUGACCUACACCUGGGAGGAGAAGCUCCGAAAAACCGAGGAGAUCGCACAAGAACGUCAGAAGCAGUUGGAGAGUCUGGGGAUUUCCCUUCAGUCUUCAGGGAUCAAAGUUGGAGAUGAUAAAAGUUUUCUCGUCAACCUGAACGCGGAUCCCGCCCUCAAUGAGCUGCUGGUGUACUACCUAAAGGAACACACGCGUGUGGGCUCAGCAGACUCCCAGGACAUCCAGCUGUGUGGGAUGGGAAUCCAGGCAGAGCACUGCGUCAUCGACACUACAGCAGAGACUGCCGUCAUCCUCACCCCCCACCCCAACGCUCGGACGUGUGUUAAUGGUUCUCCAGUAACCACUGCUUUGCAACUUCAUCACGGUGAUCGAAUCCUCUGGGGAAACAACCACUUUUUCAGAAUCAAUCUGGCAAAGCGCCGUUCGCGGCCAGCAGAGGAAGAGGAGUGCGAAGGCGGCGUGUUGAAGAACAGCGGCAGCAGCGAGCAGCUGGACGCCGACGGUGACACGGCCAGCGAGGUCUCCAGCGAGGUCAGCUUCUCUUACGAGUUCGCUCAGACCGAGGUCAUGAUGAAGGCCCUGGGCAGCAAUGAUCCCAUGCAGGCAGUCCUCCAGUCUCUGGAGAGGCAACACGAGGAAGAGAAGCGAUCGGCUCUGGAGCGACAGAGGCAGAUGUACGAGCAGGAGCUCCAGCAGCUCCGCAAGAAGCUCAACCCAGACCGCCUGUCCACCGGCCAGCCCGGAGGACAGACGUCUGUCCAGCCAGGGCAGGGACAGCAGUCUCACUACCGCAGCCUGGAGCGGCUCAGUGUGGGAGGGAUGAGCCACUCUACCAGCGCUCAGAGCCGACUGAGGCAGUGGAGUGAAGACAGGGAGGUGGUUUUGGUGAGGAGUCUCCGGAGGCUGAGGGAGCAGAUAGUGAGAGCAAACCUCCUGGUGCAGGAAGCGUGUUUCAUCUCCGACGAGCUGGAGCGCCACACCGAGUACAGAGUCACCCUGCAAAUCCCGUCAGACAACCUCAACGCAAACCGCAAGCGAGACGCGGUGCUCAGCGAACCGGCCAUUCAGGUUCGACGGCGGUGCCGAGGCAAACAGAUCUGGAGCUUGGAGAAGAUGGAGAACCGUCUGGUGGACAUGAGAGAGCUUUACCAGGAGUGGCAGGACUAUCACGUCCACCACCAAGACGACCCAGUAAUGCGUUCAUACUUCCGCCGAGCCGACCCGUUCUUCGAUGAGCAGGAGAAUCACAGUCUGAUCGGCGUCGCCAACGUUUUCCUUUCCUGUCUGUUCUACGACGUGAAGCUGCAGUACGCCGUUCCCAUCAUCAACCAAAAGGGAGAGGUCGCAGGACGCUUGCAUGUGGAGGUCAUGAGAGUGGGAGGGGGCUUGGAGGACAACAUGGCGGGAGGAGAUGAACCCGACAACAACCAGGACUCUGAAUUUGAGGAUCGCAAACUGGUCUGCUCGAUAAAGAUCCUGCAAGCCACCGGUCUGCCGCAGCACCUGUCCAACUUCGUCUUCUGUCAGUAUUCGUUCUGGGACCAAUCGGAGCCCACCAUCGUGGCCCCUGAAGUCGACCCAUCUUCCUCGUCGCCCAACUCAAAGGACCCGCACUGCAUGGUUGUGUUUGACAGCUGCAAGGAGGUGGCGGUGUCGGUGACGGAGGAUUUCAUCGAGUAUCUGACUGAAGGAGCGGUUGCCAUCGAGGUGUUUGGACACAAGCAGUCUGACGCAGGAAGAAACCCGGCCCUGUGGGACCUCAGCAUCAUCCAGGCCAAAACGCGGACGCUACGAGACAGGUGGAGCGAGGUCACACGUCGCCUGGAACUGUGGAUUCAGAUCCUGGAAAUAAACGAAAACGGAGACUUUGUUCCGGUGGAAGUAGUUCCCGCCAGAGACGUGAGCACGGGGGGAAUCUUCCAGCUUCGACAGGGCCAGUCGAGGCGAGUCCAGGUGGACGUGCGCUCGGUUCAGGACUCGGGCACGAUGCCGCUGAGAGCAGAGAUCGUGCUGGCCGUGUCGGUGGGCUGCGUGGAGAUCAGGACCAGCACAGCGAACCAGGAAGGGGACGAGAUGGACAGCUACCAGGACAGAGAUCUGGAACGUUUGCGGCGUCAGUGGUUGGCUGCGCUCACCAAGAGACAGGAAUACCUGGACCAACACCUGCAGAUCCUGGUUAGCAAAGCAGAAAAGACAGAGGAUGACAUGGAGAGGGAGGCGCAGCUGCUGGAGUGGAGGUUGACUCUCACUGAGGAGAGGAACGCCGUCAUGGUGCCCUCUGCUGGCAGCGGCAUUCCUGGCGCUCCUGCAGAGUGGGCGCCUCUACCAGGGAUGGAAACACACAUUCCAGUCCUCUUCUUGGACCUUAAACCCGACGACUUCAACUCCCAUGAGCAGUUUGAAGUGCCUGAAGCCGGAGGCUGGGACGCCAUGUUGACUGGAGAAGACGAGGACGACUUCUUCGACCUGCAGAUUGUCAAACAUUACGAUGGAGAAGUGAAAGCCGAGGCGUCGUGGGACUCCACCGUCCAUGAGUGUCCGCAGCUGAGUCGUGGCGGGUCGUGGCCGGAGCAGCGCGUCUACCUGACGGUGCGGGCGGUGGUCCAGCUCAGCCACCCCGCCGACAUGCAGCUGGUGCUGAGGAAGAGGAUCUGCGUCAACGUCAACCCGGGUCGCCAGGGCUUUGCCCACAACUUCCUCAGGAGGAUGUCGACCCGCAGCACCAUACCUGGCUGCGGUGUCACUUUCGAAGUGGUUUCCAACAUUCCUGGGGAUGCUCCAGGUUCAGAGGACAGGGAGAUGCUAGCCCGGCUGGCUGCGAGCGCACACAACAGCCAAUCAGGAGAUGACGAGGCCGCCAUUGAGAAAUACCUCCGCAGCGUGAUGAGCCUGGAGAACAUCCUGACCCUGGAUAGACUCAGACAGGAAGUAGCAGUGAAGGAGCAGCUGACUGGCAAGGGGAGGAGUAACAGGAGGAGUCUGAGCUCUCCGUCUGUUCACAGGCUGUCUGGAAGUAGGCAGGACCUGUCCACGUCUUGCCUGUUGGAUGAUAAGGGUCGAUGGGAGAGUCAGCAGGAUAUCUUCAUGCCCACCCACCGCACCCUCCCUCGCCCGGCUUCAUCCCCGUCUACAUACUCUACCUCCCCCUCUUCAUCCACCAUGCCCUUCAAUACGACCCCCCCACAGAACCAGGAACCAGAGCAAGGUCGUUUAGGACUUGCUGCCUCUUAUCUUUCAGUUAAGGCCCUGGUUCCUCAGAUGCCCAAACUGCUCAAGUCUCUGUUUCCUGCUCGGGACGACAAGAAAGAGCUCAGACCUUCGCCACACGGCCAGCAGCAUGUGCCUCGCAUUGUUGCAUCAACGGGAGGCGACGAUAGCAGAGGCAAGCCUGAGACGGCUGUUGUCCCAUCACCCGCUGCCAAAGACCGAAGGGCCGAGUUUCCGGACGUCCCUCCUCUUCCUGUGCAUGACCCGCAUGACACCACCCCCCUCAGCCCCCUCAGCCAGUCGUCGAGCGGGUAUUUCUCCGCUAGCGUUUCCACGGUUACCCUGUCCGACGUCCUCCAACCCUCCUCGUCGUCUUCGUCCCUCCUGGGCGCUGACGCGGCGUCACCCUCAAACCCCCAACAGCAGCAGCAGCAGGGCGCUGAUGGGAACGAUGUUGUGACCUCUCCCCCCCAGUGUGGCGCCAAGAUGGCCGUCGUAGCGUCCAAUCACAACAACAGCGUCCCGGCAGAGCUCUCCUUCUCCAACCAGAAGCUAGUUGAAGGCUUUGAGCGGCUGGAGAUCUUUGUGGACGACGGCGACGGCUGCGGUCAUGACAACGUGCCGCCCGACUGGCUGGCGGAGGGCGCGUACGUCACCGUAGGAAGCAACAAGGCCGGAACUGUGCGCUACGUGGGGACGACGCAGUUCGCCGACGGAGUGUGGGUGGGCGUGGAGCUUGACACCCCAGUAGGUAAGAACGACGGGUCAGUCGGAGGCCACCGAUACUUCCUCUGCAAACCAGGAUAUGGGGUGCUGGUCCGCCCAGACCGGCUGUCGCGCCGCGACCGAGCCGCUCGGCGAACUACGGACGUCGCUCAACCGGCCCACGUCCCCGUCCUGCGAGGGGAAGCCAUCAUAGCUCGUAGAGGAGAGAACCGCAAGUCCUGGAGCAACUGAGAUGGGAGAGAGACAAACUCCCCACGGUCCAUCUGCUCUUCCUUGACUCCUAAAAACACAUCAGGCUCUGUCUGUCUACUUCCUGGUAACAUGUUGCUGGAAGCUCCACUUUCAAGUCAAAGAAAAAACCAGAUCAGAGUAAAGAGCCUGUGGAGAAUGACUGUUCAGUCCAAUGAAGGGCUGGUUACCACACGGGGGAAAUGAUGCCGUCUGUGGGAAGCUGGUGGCUAGUACGCUGAGGGCGAACGGGAGCCGAAGCGUCCGUUCAGAGAUCCUCUCUGAGUCGAUACGCAGCAAUGCAAACUCGUCACGUCUUUUUAAAACACUAUUUAAAAGAAAAUCUGAUCCAUACUGAAAAAGAUGGAACUUAUAGGAUUAUUUUGGUUUGUUUUACAUAUAAAUAAGGAAAUGGAGGAAGAAACACUUUGACUGAAAGAUUUUUGACGAGAAUUGUUUGCUUCCCUGCAUAUCGGCUUUCCCCCGAAGUUCCCGAACACACCACGACGACGACUGCCGCCCUCCUGAACUGAGCCUCGUCGUUCCCUUCCUGGACUUUUUUUUCUUCCUUUUUUUAAAGUCUCCAGAACGUGCCUUUCGCCAUGGUCUGGUUUGUGUUUGCUUUCUGUGUUUUGUCUUACUCGCGUUCCGUUUGCCGUGUCAUGUGUUGACGAGAAAGCCUUGUGCAAAGUGUGAGGUGAUCUCAGGGACUGCAGAGGGGGAGGGGCUUCGUGUGUGUGUUUGUGAAACGUAGUGUGCGUAAAAUAUAUUGUGUCAAAAGAUGAAGCCCGUGGACAAAAGCCACCAGAGGUUGGUUUUUAUUAUUUUAUUUUAUUUUCUUUUGCACUGGACACGUUGGAGGGAAAAGCUUCUGCACGUGAGCAUGGAGAGUGCUGGAGAUUUCCGAUGAUGGCUACUGUCGUUUUAAUGCAAGUGUCGACGGAAAGACGAAGAAGGAUGUGUUUGGUUGGGAGAGUUUCUGCUUGAGAAAAAGCUGAUUUUAUUCUAUGCAUGUGAUUUAAAAAAAAAAAAUCUAACACGACUGGGAAAAUGAGUGCAUUUGGGAGAGCGUCUGCUUGUUUUCACAUUCCAGACACACCUGGUGAAGAAAACUCAGAUAACCUUGGAAGGUUUAAAAUUAGUUUUUAUGACUUCAUGAAACAUUCCAGAGGCAUUUUAACCUGAACAUUGGCCUAUAGAGAUGUUUCCAAGAUAUUUAUUUUAGGACUCUACUAGACGGCAUCCAUUUGCUGUACAGUGAGAUAAAGGGCAACUCCACCUUUGUAACCAAGCGUUUCUUCUCUACUGAGGUCAGAGGGCAACACGUAACGCAUUGGAGCAUUGUUGUGUCACCAAGAGGGGGCUGAUGGGAUGAGUUUAAUAUAAAGAUGGAAGAGGAAUGUUUUAUCUGUCCUGGGACGCUUUGUCAUUCUGUUACUACAGCUGCCGGCUAUGUCCUGCUGAUGACGGCUGGGGUUAUGAUUCUGGAUGCGUGGUCUGUUCUCACUGUCUGUUCCUGUGGUGAUCAUGUCCGGUCAGAGUUUUAUAUACACUCUUCAUCAGUGCAAAUUUCAUUUUAAUGCUGGACUUUAAAUGAAGCAUUUAACUAAUUAUUUUUUGAAUGACUUCAAUGAUUUUGGACCCAUUUGUAGACAAAUGUCUUGCCUCUUAUUGUUUACCUCCAGAAAUUUUGAGCCUGCGCCCGAUUUUGGAGGGCAAACAAAUGAUUCUUUAUGCCAUCCAUAGCAGUGCUGCCACGGAAAACCAUUUUGAAAAUAAAACCUAUGAUUAAUUUGGUGCAGUGCCACACAACUAAGGGAAACAUAAUGCAGAAAAAACAUUGAACAAUAACCCAAAACCACUUGUAUUCUUAUUUUUUCUCGCUCUCUGAGGUAUGAGGAUUCAACACCAAAAACAGUAUGCAAACAUUUGCCACACAAAGAACAGAACUUUAAGUCUGUUAGUACAGUUUUAUGUUUUCAAGUUUGAUAUUUAUUUUGUGAUCAUUAAUAAGACAUCGUCUGAAAACAGCUAUGGUUGACUGGCUAAUUUAAACACCUGCUGUAAAGAUGUGAUGAUCUGUCCGAGAGUUGGUGUGUGAGUCCCCCCUUUUUUCUCUAACUGAACAAAACACACCAAAUUCUGCAGCCCAUCUACAUGUUAAGAUUGUCAAAGUCAAGCUAGCAUAACUGACCUAUUUCCCUCUGACUCGUUUUACUUCUUUCAAUUAAAACUUUUUUCUGACUUUUUAAGAUGUGAUACCCUUGAACUUUAUCUAGUUGUACUGUUGACAAUUAGCAUCAAAACAUUGGAUCCAUCUUUCUUUUUGGCAUCCUUUAUACAUUUAAGAUUUGGCUUGGUAGGUUGAGAAUUUGACAGCCAAAACCAAUGGUAGCUAUCGUCGAUGAGCAGGAUUUUCUUGGAUUCUUAUGCUUGUGAAACCACAACUAUUGUUUGAUUUAAUUCCAGCUGGAUAUUUCAUCACUGCUGUUUUAGCAGAAAUAAUAGAACAAAUUUGUUUAAAUUAUGCAGCUAGGAAGUUUCUAUAGGAUUGAUAUUUGGGGCCAUUCCAGAAGUUUAAUGCGUAGUCUACGUAUCAACCUUCCAGCAUCAUCAUUCAACUGUGUUUUGCAUCAAUAAAACCCUCAAUUUAAAAUGAUCUCCAUGCUGAUGAAUAGUGCAUGUAAAUCUGUGACUAGCCCUGCACACUCGGGACUCUAAGAAUCUCUAACAUUGAAGAUGUUUUGUAAGUUAUCAGUUAUACUGUGUGCGUAUAGAGACUCUUGUCCCUCAAGAGUCCAUUGGGAUGUCAUCUGUUUUAUAAUCAUGUGUUCUUUACUUGAGAGGUAAGCAAUAAGUAUUUUGAUCGGGUUGCUUCUACACUUGCUUUUAUCGCACGGGAGCUGAUGAAGUUGUUUUAUUGGAAUGAUUAUUGCACAAUGAUUUAUUGAGAAUUGCUGCUAUGAGCGUUGUAAAUAGACUUGUAAAUGAAUCAGUCGAUUUUUGUUUUUCUCCGUCUCUUGCUGUGCGCUUGAAUGGAUAUGAAUUGUUUUGAUAAAGCUAAGGGGUGGUGCUUUGGGUGGUUCGUAUUCUUUAGGUAAUGUUGAGGCACUUUGUCUUGUGAGCAGAGGACGAGAAGGUGGUGAGGACGAGCACACCCGUGUUCUUAUAAGGAAAGAGACACUUUCAAUGUUGAAUCUGCAAUAACGUUGGAAUCUAGUUUGUCACCAGAGUUGAGUUUAUGAUUUGUGCAUUUUAGUUGUGGGCCAUUUACCAUUAACGAGGUACAGAGUUUUUGAUUAACACAUAACUACGCUUCUCCACUUUCCCAUGCCUACAUAAAAAAUUAGAGAUGCACCAAUUAAAAAUUUUAGGCUGAUAAUAUUAACCGAUAUUUCCCUAUAUCACUUAUAAGUAAUAUCGGAGCCCUGAACACCAUGCACAAACGGGAACAAGAUGAAAAUAGACAUCGCUUGUUAAUAUCACCCCAGUUUUGCUUAUUUUAUCGACAUGUUUAAAAAAUGACUAACAUUGGCCGACACCAGUGUUGAUGUCGAUAUAUUGUGCAUCCCUCAUGCAAACGUUAAGCUGUUUGGACAGAUGGUUAUAACAAACAUGGAUAAUAGUGUGGAGCCUGAAGAAGUAAUACUGAUCACUUUUAUUUAUGAAAUAAAUAAAAGACUACAAUUAGCAAGUUAGCAGCAGCUACCUUAGCAGAUAGCCCAACUAAAGAGGCUAAUAUUACCCAUAGCUUCUAAUACAUAGAUCUCAUGUGACAUCACGCUUUCGGGAACUUUGUAACUGACAGCCAUCUUGGUAGGUAUGUGUAGCUAAUUGUCAUAACAGGUGCUAUGGAGUUGCUAUGACAACAAUAAACAAGCCACAAGCUUAGAACUAGCUCUCGCCUCAUUCCUAUCUAACUUAUAGACAUUAUAAGUACAUUACAACUACUAAGUCAUAAACUUUUUCUCCAUCGACUUCCUUUUUGUUGGCCUCAAAGCCAUGGUUCAUCUAUGCUUGGUGCUGCACUUGCCUACCAAGAUGGCGGUUCAGUGGCGCAGAUGCAGGCGCAGUUCAGACUUGUCUGAACUAUGUAUACGCCCAAGUAUUACUUUGGACUAAUGUGAUACAAAAGCAAUACUAUUCUGCACAAGAAGCAUUUGAAAAACUACUAGCUAGUUUUAACUCUGUCAAAAAUAAUAAUUUACAGUUAACAGUGCUACUGUUGUAAUCAGUACUUUACACUUUAUUUCUAACUGUAUCACACAACAAGACUGUCGACAGGCCCAUGGCUAAUGCAGCUGUUAUUUAGCCUGAUGUAUUGGAGUUCUCUGAUUGGUCGGGAGAUUUGACUGUUUUGUAAUUUUCUGGUUCUAACAGGUGGUUCUGAAGGAAAGGCAGUGAGUUUUCUGAUGUGUGUGUGUGAAGGAAUGUUGUGUAGCUCCGCUCUGAUGGAAAACGAUCACCAGCUGCUUCCUGCGAGGCUGCUGGACCUUCCUUUUCCAGUCCGGCCUCAGAGAUGGUUGCCGUGGGGACGGAGACGGGGUCGGAGGGGGCUGAGAUCACUUCAGACUUCCGCUUGUUUCUUUUUGUUGCUGUACCUCAGAAACCACGACUCUUUCACACGUCGUGUUAUAUCGACUACACUUUGCACAGAGGGGAGAAAAACGUGCAACUCUUGGAUGGAAACGACACACCUGUUUGGGAUUUUUGUUUUUCUGUUCAGUGUUCUCGAGCUUCGAGCUCUUCUAUUUAAGUUAAAAAAAGAAAAAACACCUUACACUUCAUGUUCUUGUUUUAUCUAAAAGCAGAGCUAAGCUCAGCUACAGCAAACAGUCAGUCCUCUGUAUAAACAAGGUUUGUAGGAUCCCAAAGUAUGGAUGAACUCUGACCUCUGAGUGGAUUUGGAGCAACAAAAAGACUUUUGAACACAAUAAAAUGGUUGUUCGUUUUUACACUGGUGCCAAGCCAGCGUUAUUUAUGGAUCCGUAUCAGCCAUUAGAGGCACUUUGUUCUAUUUUUAUUCCCAUUUGUAUCUUGUAUAUUUAGUCUUUAUGAGCCUUCAGACCUUCACACUGUUUCCUUUUUUUUUUUUUUGUUCAUCGUGCUGUUCCAAGUGCAGCCCCCUGCCUCUAAUGUGGCCUUCAGCCUGGAUGCAGAGCAAUUUCCAGCUGAGCAGUCUCAGUUCUCUCUCUCUUUCUCUAAAGGUGCGGUUUAUUACAUUAAACUUUCAGAAAACUGUCUAUCUUUGCGGGUUGUUUACAAAAUAAUAAGAGCUCACUUUGGUUUCCUGUCGUAAAGAAAGUCUUUUGGCCUCAGGAGCUGUCAGGUUCAUCACUGCCUGUUUCCCACUGAAGGAGUUUGCCUAGAUUCGCCCCCUAGUGGCUGCUUUGAACACAUCAGCCAGAAAAUGGAGGGCUUUGUCUUCCAUGCUGGGAAUUUUAGCUGCAACCAGAAAAAACAAAAAGGGAGUCACAACUACCCAGGACCAUAUCAGAUAAAAUCUAGUUUCAGGAUUUAAAUUUAUUUUAUUGUAUUUUUUAGGCUAAAGCAGAAUUGGAAGUUUAUUUUGAUCUUUGAGCUACCUCAGUCCUUGCUCCAGUGUGUUCCUACCGGCUUCAGUGUGUUCUCGAACAUCAAAAGGAACCACAGAAACAAGCAAUACAGAGCUGCCAGGUGCAGCGUCCAACCAUUUCAAUAAAUUUCAGCUCCAUCUCCUGUUUGGGUUAUUUUCUCCUCCAUGUUACUCCAGCCACAUUUACCUGGGCUGCAUAACGAUGAAGGCUCAUAAGAGUGCGAAGGUUACGUUCCCCUCAUGUAGCUGAGGAUGAACUGUAAUGCUCAGCUGUUUGUUUUUAAUGUGGCCUUGGCCCGAUCAACAGUAUUACUAUUAUCAUUGUAAGAAAUCAUGAUCAGUCACUGCUGCUGUUGAUUGUGUGGAGCAGGAAUGUCUGCCUGCAUCAUUUCUGUGUGUGUUCUCUGGAUGUGUGUGUGUGUGUACACAUGCGCAUAUUAAGACUUAUAAAGUAGAGAAAUCUGAGCACAAGUUUGGGUUUUGAUUAAUUUAAUUGUUUUAUGUAAUAAUUUUAUGCUGCAAUCCAAAGAAUAAACAUGUAUAAUAAUACA